AAACGAUGCUUUUUGCAGCUUCGAGACUGUAUCCAAAAGACCUUGAAUGAGUGGAGUUCCCAAAUCAGCCCCGAUUUGAUCCGGGAGUUUCCAGAUGUCUUGGAAUGCACUGUGUCCCACGCAGUUGAGAAGAUUAACCCUGAUGAAAGAGAAGAAAUGAAAGUGUCUGCAAAGCUGUUCAUUGUAGGAUCAAAUUCUUCAUCAUCAACUAGAAGUGCUGUUGACAUGGCGUGCUCAGUCCUUGGAGUCGCACAGCUGGACUCGGUCAUCAUCGCUUCGCCUCCCAUUGAAGAUGGAGUGAACCUUUCCCUGGAGCAUCUGCAGCCUUACUGGGAGGAGCUAGAAAACUUAGUGCAGAGCAAGAAAAUUGUUGCCAUCGGCACCUCUGAUCUCGACAAAACCCAGCUGGAGCAGCUGUACCAGUGGGCACAGGUAAAGCCAAAUAGUAAUCAAGUUAAUCUUGCCUCCUGCUGUGUGAUGCCACCAGAUUUGACGGCAUUUGCUAAACAAUUUGACAUACAGCUACUGACUCAUAAUGACCCGAAAGAACUACUUUCUGAGGCGAGUUUCCAAGAAGCUCUUCAGGAAAGCAUCCCCGACAUCGAAGCCCAGGAGUGGGUGCCACUGUGGCUGCUGAGAUACUCCGUCAUUGUGAAAAGCAGAGGAAUCAUCAAGUCAAAAGGCUACAUUUUGCAAGCCAAAAGAAGGGGUUCUUAACUACAACUCAAGCUCAUAACUUACUGACCUGUAUUUAUCUCAGAUAUAAGAUAAAAAUUUGUAAGAGAAAAUUGAGAUGUGUAAAAAAAUCUAGCUCUUGCCUAUACCAGGUGCAGUUGAGGCAUUAUAUUCAGUUGUCCAGCAGUGUGCUGUCGAGGUUUGAACACUUCUGCCUUCGCCUCAGCGCCCACAGGAACCACUGUAUUGUUUUCAUUAAACUAUUGUUUUCUAACUGAAGUUGUCUAUAAAGAAAAGUACUUGCAAUAUAUUUCCUUUAUUUUUAUGAGUAAUAGAAAUCAAGAAAAUUUGUUUUUAGAUAUAUUUUGGCUUGGGCAUCAGGGUGAUAUAUAUACAUAUUUUUUAUUUCCAAGAUUCAUUAAUUGCUUCUUACUCUAUACUCUAUAACUAAGCAAUUAAAUUACAAUUGUUAAACUAGAUACUGGAAGAUAUUUUUUCCUGUCAUUGGCAAAAUAAUCUAUCUCAGAGUAACUACAGCAGCUGCGAUCUACUAGUAAUGUAAAUAAAAUUCAUUCUUUGAUCCAUGAA